AGACGUACCAAUAAUCUACGGGUGCAUAAUUAAGUAGUCAUUCACUGCCUAUGCAUGAGUACUGUCUUAGCUGUAUUGCCAACGGGACCUGUGUUGUUAUAUUUAGUGUACUAUCAAGUGGUUAAGGAAAUACAAACUUUUUAACUCGCAUUUCCCCUGCAUGCAACAUUAAAUUGGUCUCAUCCACCAGUCUUUAUCCGCCUAUAGCAUGCCAUAAAAAAAUUACUUCGCAGAUCUUUAACUUUGACCUUCCAACACCAAGUAUUACUUGAGGAGAAUGUUAUAGGGUGUGUAAAAGGCCCAGAAGGAAAGAAAACAACGACCAAUUGGUUUUCUACGAUGAAAUCAGUCAGACGAUUCGCAGGCCUUGUCACAUUGGGAGGAAUAGCAUCUAUGUUGUUACUUCUGGUCUUAAAAAGUCCGACAACAUUCAAGCCUAUAACGGAGGAUAAUAGCGGGAAAAUUAUAAUACCUUCAGCACACACAUUUCGGAUCACACAAGGCUCUCUUGGACACCUUGCCAACACAACAGCGAGCCAGGGCCAUUCAGGUGAAGAUGAAACUGGAACAUCUACUGCAAAAAUAACACAUUCCGACUCCCCAUCUAGUACGAACACGAGCAACCAACAUGGGAUCGUCGAUAGAUUCGGAAAAAGCAAACAGUUCAUUGGAGAAGACCCACAUGGUGGGAUGACGAUCUUGGACACACCGAAUCCCUCUUUGGGUAGACAUGGGGACAACUCAAGCGGACCUGAGAUGCAUGAUGAAACUAACUGCAUCCCUCGAAAGAACAUGAUGUACCUUAAAACCCACAAGACCGGGAGCUCUACACUACAGAAUAUUAUUUAUCGCUAUGGCGAUGCUCAUGGGCUGACGUUUGCCCUACCAAAAGCAGGUGUAUACCUUGGGACGCCCUCAUUGUUCAAAAGGACGUUUCCCAUCCCGUCACCAACAGGAAAAUACAACAUGCUUGCGAAUCAUGCAAGAUAUAAUCGCCACGAAAUGGCCGAGAUCAUGUACAAGAACGCGGCGUAUGUGACCAUCAUCAGACAUCCCUCCACCCAGUUUGAAAGUAUGUAUGCCUACUAUGGAUUCAAAGGUACCUUCAAGGUGGACCUUGAAGGAUUUGCGGACAAACCACUGAAUUAUUUUCCAAGACAGAGUACUACUCCAUCACAUAGUGCCCUUAACCCAACGCUUUAUGACCUAGGAAUGUCCAAACUGCAGAUGAACAAUGAUGGCGCCAUUCGGAAUAAAAUUGCUACCUUGGAGAAUGAUUUCGAUUUAGUCCUCGUUGCAGAGCAUCUUUUAGAAUCGUUGGUUCUCUUGAAGGAGUUAAUGUGCUGGGAUUUGAGCGAUGUGACGUUUUUCUCAGCCAAUGCACGAACGAAAUCACAAGUGGAUAAAAUGUCCAAGAGGACGUUUGACCAACUUUACAAGUGGAACCACGGGGAUGCCCUCCUCUAUGAACACUUUAACCAAACCCUGUGGACGAAGAUAAAGGCGUACGGUCAGGAAAAAAUGGACAGAGACGUCAGGACGUUAGAUAAAAUGAACAAAGCACUAACAGAAAAAUGCCUGGAUGGGACCAAAGCUGAAAUGAGUGUCUCUGCAUUGGUUAGCCGUUAUGUUUUACGCCAAAGUAUGAGGGACAAUAUCGAGUGCGUUAAAAUGAUCCGACCGGCCAUUCAGUAUCUAGAAUCACUAAAAAAGAAACAAAGGAUACCGGUCGGAUGAGACGUCUGAAAUUGUAUAUGACCAGCAACCCCAAAACAACCAAUGAGUCGUCCUAAAUUAAUCUAAGAUUCUUAAUGAGCUUGAAGAUGCACCUCACAAGCUUUAAAAAAGAUAUAUAACUUAUGUUGAUUGAUCAGUAAUAUCCCAACGAGUUUGCACAAGAAAUCCAACAUGGUCUUAAAAUAAGCGAGGUUUUAAUUUUUAGGUGACACGCAUGAGUUUUGCACACUGAGUAGACACUUCCAACCUGUAAUAAAAAAACUGUGUCAAAGCAACUCUUUGAUCCUGUCUUACAUUCACAGCUUCAACUAAAGAAGAGGAAUUUAUCAUUUCUUCAGCUUACUUUUUGAUCAUUUUAAUAAUUGCAUCCUGAAGAGCGAACUAAUUACUGUUUUGGCUAUUGAGAGAAAACCUUCCCUGGCGACUUAUUGUUGCUUCGUUGGGUGGCUGGUCAGAUAUUGUCCAAAUGCGCCAUUUUUAUUACUUGUCCUCCA